GCUUUGACAGAUCACUCACGGUCACUGAUCUUUGGAGCCAUUCACGAUUGGCACCUUCAUAUAUGCUCCAUGCAACCUGAGAUUGAUAUCAGAUAGAGAGGUCAACCUGCCAAACCGCGCGGCCAAAGGUGGGUACGCUCAAUGGUCCAAAUCGCUCCGCUGCCGCACGGAGCUCCAUUCCGCAGCUCUGGGUGGGUCCGAGCCACCCUAUCGUAGAAAGAAACAAGCAAAAAUGGUCAAGCGAAAGCGAUCUGGACACGGCGAUCGCCUCGCCGUCGCCUCAAAUCAGCAGUCAAAGGAUGCUGAAAGCACGACUGUGCUACGCCCUUCGAAGCAUAAAAGUGCUGAUCGAGGGUCGACCAAUGAUCGGAGCCCCCUCCAGAGUGACUUGGCUCGAGCGAGCCAAGCGCAUCGCCUUCUUGGCCGCUUUUUUGUGCGCCAACACAGCAUUGAGGACUACUUGACUGGCCUGCUUCCCAGCAAAGCCCAAAGCAUUGUCGCCCGACUCCUACGAGAACCAUCCACCUCCGAAUCGUGCGCGAAGGAACACGACUUGGCUUCGAAGAUCAUCUGCUUGACGGGUGCUCAAGAAGCUGCCUUCACGGCAGAUCAGCAGCGCUUUUCUACCUGGACUUCCCCCGAUCCUGCGGAGCUAUCAGGCGUCACAGUAGCCGACGUGGUGAAGCGAGCUCAGAUCUUGCUGCUUCGUCGAUCCGCCGCAUCCAGCACUUUCAAAGGUUCGCGACUAGCAAGCAAUCUCCUCACACUCGGUUACAGGAUGGCAGAUGAUCGGGCUCCCUUGUCUCACCGUGGCGGAGGUCUGACGAAUUUCCAACUCAACACCAACGUCACCAGCAUCACUGUUGAUACACAAUGGUCCAAUCUGCUUCGCUCGUUGGGCGCGAAUGUCUUUAUUCACUUGCUCACUAACGCAUCCAUCUUCGCGCCGAUAGCCCACUCAGAUGACUGCUGGAUGCAGCUCACUGGCGUUCCCAUUUCUGACCUGGAAGAACAAAGCGUCGCUCACCCCAACGAGACUCCCGUCGCUGCAAUGGUCCCGCCCCGUCGCCGACGAAAGCGCUCAAAGCGCCACGAUGCUGAGCCCUCACUUCUCCUUGUCCAACGAGCCCCCUUUCAAAAGACCGUUUCUCUACCUACUGGUGCCUUUGACAGGCGACCCGCACCGUCAGAGCGCCUACGAGCCUUCAACGGCGCUGCUCUGAAGCGCAAGUUUGGUGGCAAAUCGCAAACGUCACAGAAGAGACGAAAGCACACAGAAAUCACCCUUGUCCGCUCCCGUAUAUUCUACGCUCGACCAAUUCGGACGAGAGCAGGACGCAUAGCGGUUGGCUUGCCCAUCAAUCAUGUCUUCAAUCGAACCGCCAGCGUGCCGGAUCUCCUCAAAGCUUUGCGCAGAUCUCCGUCAAAGCAAGGAAGCUCCGCCAGCCCUAUGCCUGGAGAUGAGAGGGCGGAUCAACGCGCAACCCAGCUCGGACCGCUCACGCUCGCAGAAAGUAAGAAAUACAAGCUGAUGCGUGUUCAGCAUGUGAUGAAGCAUGUCUGGCCGCUGGAGUACGGCUUGCACAAUGUCUUUACCAGCAGCAGGGACUGGAAAAAGACCAGUCAGCCUUUCCAGGAGUAUGGUAAUCGGGACGUCGAAAUUGCGGUGAGAAUACACUGGCUUCGCUUUUAGAGUCAUUGCAUUAAAUUGUCUUCCUUUCCGUGCGCAGGCAAAGGGUCGAAUCAAGACACCUCUGCGGCUCAAGAAAGCUCGUCAUCUGAUAGCGAUCAUGCUGCACAAACACGACCGCCUGGAUUAUCGUCGG